ACCCUUUUCUGGUGGUUGGUCUCGACGUUUCUAUUUCUUGUCGUAUUCUUCAUGACUUGUGAUUCAUAUCCAUAAUGUCGUUAAUUUUCUUUGACUUAAGUUCUCCGACUGCCGUCCGUAUAGUUUAGAUCUACGUUACAGUAGAACUAGUCUCGAUCGAACGAAUCAUCGCCGUGUGAUUUUCGGAACCAAUUUAAAUGCUACGCGUUCGUGUCAACCAUCAUCACUGCAGUUCCUCGACGACCCCAAGCUACAAGUCUCUGGGUCUAUUCUUCGAACUCAUUUUUACGAUGCAGAUCAGGGUACUCAAGUUUUUUAGCUUUUGGUUUACUGAGCAAGAAGUGGAGAUAGCGUAGUUCCGUACGAAUUUUGUUCCAAAUGGCGGCAUAAUAUGAUUGGGUUUCUAGUUGACAAAGAAGAGAAAACUUAUCGUGUGUUUUCUAGGGUUUGAGUUCUUGUCUUGCUUUCCAGCUGUGGUUGUUGGGUUUGUGGAGCCUGAUUAGUACCAGAACCCUCACCACGGGAAUUAUUAUCGGCUAAAUUGCAGUUGCGUUCUCACAAAGUGUUUGCGGUAUAUGCUUCAAAAGUUGCUCAAGGAUUUGGUUUUUGCGAAUUGCAUGAACAGUCAAAUUUAUUGACUUUACCAAGAUGGGGACACCUCAUCGCAGUGGAGCAUCUAAAAAAUCAUCUGGCAGCGGCGGCAGCAGCGGCAGACUUAUAAUUACCACUGUAAUGGGAAUGGUCUUUGGAUAUUUUAUUGGAGUUUCUUUUCCCUCAGUUUCUCUUACUAAGAUGAACUUACCUUCAAGCGUUAUAUCAUCUCUUGAUGUGACAUGGAACAACGAACAUCGCAGAUUUAUUAGAAACCGCAUGCCUGAAACUCGUGUUUCAACCGAUACCGCACCACCUAAGAUAUAUGUUCCAACAAAUCCUCGUGGUGCAGAAUCAUUACCUCCAGGAGUUAUAGUCUCAGAGUCCGAUUAUUAUUUGCGAAGGUUAUGGGGUGAACCCAAUGAGGAUUUGAAAAAGAAGCCGAAGUACUUGGUAACAUUCACGGUUGGUCUCGAACAGUGGAACUAUAUUGAUGCAGCAGUUAAAAAGUUUUCUGAGGAUUUCCAAAUUAUGCUUUUUCAUUAUGAUGGCCGGACAACUGAAUGGGACCAAUUUGAUUGGUCAAAGAGGGUGGUUCAUGUCAGUGUAAGAAAACAAACAAAGUGGUGGUAUGCAAAGAGGUUUUUGCAUCCUGAUAUUGUAGCAGCAUAUGAAUACAUUUUCAUUUGGGAUGAAGAUCUUGGAGUUGAACACUUCAAUGGUGAUAAGUAUAUUGAACUAGUUAAGAAACAUGGUUUGGAGAUUUCUCAACCAGGUCUUGAGCCCAAUAAGGGACUAACAUGGCAGAUGACCAAGAGGAGGGGUGACAAAGAAGUUCACAAGAAUACAGAAGAGAAGCCAGGCUGGUGCAGUGACCCAAAUUUGCCUCCAUGUGCUGCUUUUGUAGAGAUUAUGGCCCCUGUAUUUUCUCGGGAAGCUUGGCGCUGCGUUUGGCAUAUGAUUCAGAAUGAUUUGGUGCAUGGAUGGGGAUUGGAUUUCGCCCUUAGGAGAUGCGUAGAGCCUGCACAUGAGAAAAUCGGCGUUGUUGAUUCACAGUGGGUAGUUCACCAAGUAAUUCCGACGCUUGGGAACCAGGGUGAUGGUAUAUCUCCAUGGAAAGGGGUGAGAGAUCGGUGCAGAAGCGAGUGGGCUGAGUUCCAGGAUCGCCUUGCUGAGGCUGACAAGAAGUACCUUGCCCGUACCAGAACUGGUUAAUGUUCAUCAGUUUUCAAAAACUCCAAGCUUCCUAUGUUGUACAUUGCUUUGUUUCUCUCUUUUUUCCUUUUCUCACUCUUCCAUUCCUUUCAUUGUUGGUGUUCCAAAGCCCAUUUAUUCUUUUAUGCGAAGUUUUUGCUUCUGAUAGGGUGUUGUAGCUGCAUUUCCUCUCCUCUAGUCAUCAUACAUAUCCAAACAGAAACGAUAAAAUUUGGGCGUUUUUGUGCAGAAAUUGGUUAAGCUUUGGUUCACUGCUGUAAACAAUGAAACACUUUGUAGCUUCCUUAUCGCGUUUUUCUUUGAGCAAUGGUGGUCCUGUUCCUUCUGGUUUA